CACUAUUAUAUGUAGCGCUCAUGUUCUGCUUCCCACGUUGAUAGGUAUGUAUGUGAUCGUAUUGACAUAUUCUUUGUAAACUUUAGGGAGAUCUGACGUGACAAAAGACCGUUUUGGUGCAAUUAGAAGAUCGAAGAGUGUGAGUAAAAUGGUCGGGAAAAUCAAGCGAACACGACAGAAACUUCACCAGGCAGCAGUGAAGCUUGGUUCUGACAGCGGAGUGAGGUCCACAUCGUUGUUGGGCCAGGACGAAGCGCCGAUACCAGUGGGCACUAAAGAAUCUUCAACGUUAUUCCCCAAAUUUAUAAAGACGAGCAUUGCAGAUGACGCCUCGGAAAAACAGACACAGAGGCGUGAAAACGACAAUGAAAAGCGUUUCGAUGUUUUUCCCUCAUCAGUCUUUUCGGGAACCAAAAUCAGUCCCGAAGCUUUAGUGCAGACGUUGAAGUUUGAAGAUGCACCCAGUGUAACUCCAGUCCAGUCAGGGGCGGAGGGGAAGAAGCAACAGACGAAGAAGGAGAAGAUGAAGGAGCGGAGAGAGAGGUGGCUGAACAAGAUCAGCGUCAUUAAGCAGGCGAAGGAGCAGCAGGUGGCACAGGCCCGAAGGAGAGCCACUCCCGUGGUGGGGGAUAUGCAGCCCCUGGCCGACGCACUGCCAGAGCUGUCCCAGUUGGUCACCACCAGCAGGACGUCCACACACAGGAAGGCCAGAGUCCCUGUGAAGAAGAAGCCAGAACCCACAGACUUCAGUUUGAUGAAACCGGCCCAGAAGCGGAAGCUACUGGACACUGAAAUCUCCAGGUUUAGCGAGGCUGUGAAAAACCCCGCCUUCAAAUCCAACUCCCUCGCUGCCAUUGGAGAGCACCUGCGAAAGAGACUGAAACAGGAAGAGGAGCAGGGCCCCAGUUAACCCCCGAGCUGCCGGAGCAGGAGUGGAGUGGGACUCGAAGCUCUGUUCACCCGAAGAGAAAAAAAAGCCAUACAUAACUAAGACCCGCAUGAGUAACACCUGGCUCCCUGAAGCCCCCUUUGAAGCUGGAGCUUUGAGAGAGCAACACUUGUAGAUUUUAAAAAAAGUAUGGACAGAUGGAGGAGGGGAGGUAGUGCUGUGUUGCUCUAUAGCCCCUUACUCUUAGGCCCUGACACUAGUCAGCAGGGAAUCUUGGCCAUUGCUUGAUUAACAUCAGAGAUUCUCUCCAUGGUCUUCCACUCUGUUUUUAACACUGUUUUCUCAAGGACUUUGGCAUCAGGAGUCUCAAUGGUAACGGCUCCGUGUUGAACACUGUCUUUGAUAAUGGAGCGAAGGAACAUAAGUUAGAUCAUCUGUUGUGCUGUGUUUCUUUGCCCAUAUUAAACUAAGCGCUGAAACCCUCUGC